AUUUUUAUUUCUUUUCUUGUAUGUUGUCAUUUUGUCAAACUCAGACCCAGGGAUUCUAAGGAGUCACACCUACCCAGAGAAAAUGAAGAUUUUCAGACUGAUGCUAAUGAUGACUCUUGGCAUUCCUGUCCUGUGUGCCAGAGAAAUACACAAGCCUACUCUCAACUUGACUGAAUGUCCUAUUAAGGGAUACAAGAUAUGGUACAUGGUGGGCCCAUACUGUGCCAGACAUUUCCAUAAGCCACUUGAAUUUGGUAAGGCUGAGCUGAGGUGCAGAAAACAACAUGCGGAUGGCCAUCUUAUAUCUGUCCAUAAUAACAAAACCAACAAUGAACUGACAAUUCUGACUGGAUCCUGGCACACUGAGGCCUGGAUUGGAGGAUACAGGCUGCCCUGUGUUAACGAUUUUGUAUGGACUGAUGGCUCCAAGUGGGAUUACCAUAACUGGGUUCCCGGGGAACCUAACGGCAGUGCUGACUGCAUCCAGAUCAACUGGCACACAUCUGGCAAGUUUGAUGAUGCGAAAUGCUGUGGCAAGCGCUCCUUUGUCUGCGCUUUCCUGAUUAAGCAGUAAAAAGAUGGAGAUCAGAUGCAGUGCCAUGCCAUGCCAUGCGAAAUGGCUCUCUACUUAUUAAUUUUAGCUAACGGUUUGAUAUGUCACCACCUUCAAAAAUAGGUAUUGUUCUUGUCUGUGUGAUUUUAGAUAAUUUCUUGAUAGCAUUAUAAAAAAUUUAAAAAAAAUGAAUAAAAGAAUAUAC